CUGCCCGAGCAGCGCCCGUCGCUCAUCGGGCUGAGCCGUCCUGCACACCGUGUGCCGGGACCGUGGCGAUGAAGCCCUGGACUCACAUCGCCGCCGCUCCCGGGUCUCACAGGCCCAAGCGCCGCCCCGAGAUCCCCGGCCGCAGCCCCUCAUGCCCGGGCUGUACCUCCGCCUCCUGCCCCCGCGGCCACUGCCUCCCCUUCACCCUCCGGCAGCUCCCGGCCGGACUUUGCUCUCCGUCCCGUGGCUGCGGGCGGCUCGGGGCUCUCCGCCGUUUUCCACUCGGGACGCGAUUCUGCGGGUGCCAUUGAAUAGUGAAACCUUGAGCAUGGCGCUGGGCCGGCUGUGCGGCUCCCGGGACGGCUCGGCCGGGCUGUGGGACUGGAACCAGACGUGGUACACCAACAGCCCAAGAUUUACCUGGUGCUUCGAGAACACAGUCCUUGCUUGGAUCCCCUGUGCCUAUCUGUGGAUCUGUUUUCCCUUCUACUACUCGUAUCUUCGACACAAAAACAAAGGCUAUAUCAGGAUGUCCCACAUCUUCAAAAUCAAAAUGGUCCUUGGAUUCCUCCUGGUUAUACUGUGUUUUUCUAAUGUCUUCUUUGUAAUGUGGGAAAUAAGCCAAGGAAUCCCUCGGACUCCAGCAUUCUUCAUUAGCCCUGCAGUGUUGGGGAUCACAAUGAUCCUCGCCAUGUUCCUUACCCAAGCAGAAAGAAUGAUGGGCAUCCGGUCUUCAGGCAUCAUGUUGAUUUACUGGCUGCUCACAUUCUUGUCUGCACUUGUGAUAUUUAGUUCCAAAAUCCAGCGUGGCCUGGAAAGAGGGUUCUUGGAAGACUUUUUCCACCAUGUUGCCACUUACCUUUAUGUCAGCCUGGUGCUUGGAGAGCUUGUGUUAUUCUGCUUGGUCGAUCACCCUCCCUUCUUCUCUAAAGCUGUCAACUGUUCUAAUCAGUGUCCAGAAGCCAGCAGCUCUUUUCUGUCCAAAAUCACAUACUGGUGGUUCUCUGGGCUUGUCUGGAAAGGCUGUCGGCAGUCUUUGGGGGUGGAUGACCUGUGGUCAGUGAGGAAAAAGGACUCCUCUGAAGAAAUUGUUGCCUGGGCUGAGAAAGAGUGGAAGAAAUAUAACAAGAGAAUGAAGCAAAAAAUGGAGUCUGCUACUUUUAAAAAGAGUCAGAAGACUGAAACUGAUACUGCAGAAGCUGAAGAGACAGAGGUUCUACUGCAGUCAGAGCACAGUCAGAGCGGGCCAUUGCUGCAAGCAUUUUGGAGCAUGUUUGGAACCUAUUUCCUACUUAGCACCCUCUGCUUAGUUAUCUGUGAUGUCUUCUUAUUCUCCAUCCCAAAGAUACUGAGCCUUUUCCUUGAGUUCAUUGAAGAUCAAGAGGCCCCUAGCUGGCAUGGUUAUUUCUAUGCCUUCGUUCUGGUUCUUUUAGCUUGCCUCCAGACUCUAUUUGAACAACGAUAUAUGUACAUGUGUCUCGUUCUGGGUCUGAGACUGAAAACUGCAGUAACAGGGCUCGUAUACAGGAAGAUCCUAAUCAUGUCAAGUGCAUCAAGGAAAACAGUAACAGUAGGUGAAAUUGUUAAUCUGGUAUCUGUUGAUGUCCAAAAGCUAAUGGAUCUCAUUAUCUAUUUUAAUGGAACCUGGCUUGCUCCUAUUCGGAUUAUCAUCUGCUUUGUCUUCUUGUGGCAGCUCCUUGGGCCAUCAGCUUUGGCUUCAAUCGCUGUAUUCCUUUUUCUUUUGCCUCUGAAUUUUAUGAUCACCAAAAGGAGGAGUCAUUUCCAGGAGGCCCAGAUGAAGCAUAAAGAUGAGCGGGCCAAACUAACCAAUGCCAUUCUUAGUGACAUUAAAGUAAUCAAGCUCUACGGGUGGGAAAAAACCUUCAUGGAAAAAGUGCAUGCUAUCCGGAGGCAAGAACUUCAGGCUCUAAAAAGAUCUCAGAUUCUCUUUUCAGCAUCUCUAGCUUCCUUCCAUUCAUCAACUUUCCUGAUUGCAUUUGUCAUGUUUGCUGUCUACACGCUGGUGGAUAACACACACGUCCUGGAUGCUCAGAAGGCCUUUGUAUCUUUAACACUGAUCAACAUUCUCAACACUGCGCACUCAUUCCUGCCAUUCUCCAUAAAUGCUGCUGUCCAGGCCAAAGUUUCUUUAAAACGCUUAGCAGCUUUUCUGAAUCUGGAAGAACUGAAUCCUGAAAGCUCAAACAGAAACACUUCUGAUUGUGUUCCAGCAAGUAUCAUCAUAAGAAAUGGAACUUUCUGCUGGAGCAAAGACACUUCUCCUUGCCUUAGAAGGAUAGAUCUUACCGUGCCACAAGGCUCCUUGCUUGCUGUAGUUGGCCAAGUGGGAGCUGGAAAGUCCUCCUUGCUGUCAGCGUUACUCGGUGACCUGGAAAAGAUGGAUGGCUUUGUGACUAUGAAGGGCACAGCUGCUUAUGUCCCCCAGCAAGCUUGGAUACAGAAUGCUUCAGUGGAAGAUAAUAUUCUCUUUGGGAAGAAGAUGGAUGAAACAUGGUUUAAUAGAGUGGUUGAUGCUUGUGCAUUGCAACCUGAUUUGGAGAGCUUCCCUGCAGGGCAGAAGAGUGAAAUAGGCGAGAAGGGAAUAAAUAUAUCUGGAGGACAAAAACAAAGAGUAAGCCUCGCUCGUGCUGUGUACCAAAGGUCUUCCAUUUACCUACUAGAUGAUCCCCUCUCUGCCGUUGAUGCCCACGUUGGACAGCACAUUUUUGAACAUGUUCUUGGACCCAAUGGUUUACUGAAGGAUAAGACUCGUGUUCUUGUGACUCACAUGAUCAGCGUUUUGCACCAAGUGGACAACAUUGUUGUGUUGGUGAAUGGAAUGAUCGCAGAAAUUGGUUCCUACCAAGAACUUUCACAGAGAAAUGGGGCUUUUGCAGAGUUUCUUCAGUCUCACAAUACUGCAGAAGAAAAGGCGUGCUCUGGUUUUCCAGCUACAGGGGGCAUCAGAGACACCGUCACCUCUAGAAACAAUCCAUCAGGAGACAAGCUCUUGAGUGACAAUUCAGUCAAAUCUCCUGCUAUGGGAAGGGAGACCAUUCCUAUAAGUCAAGGCUGUACUACUGCUGAAGUCACUGAGGGAAGAUUAACCAGGGGAGAGAAAACUCAGCGGGGCAGGGUUAAUACUUCAGUUUAUGCAGCCUACCUGAGGGCAGCAGGCUUACCAUUGUGUGCCUACAUCAUUUUGUUGUUCACAUGUCAGCAAGUUUUAUCAUUUUUUCGUGGUUAUUGGCUCAGCGUGUGGACAGAAGACCCUGUACACAAUGGUACACAACAAUACACAGAGCUAAGAGUUGGAGUCUUUGGUGCACUAGGAGUCAUUCAAGCUGUUGUCAGAUUUGUGUCCACAGCAGCAGUGUUUCUAGGCGGCAUGUCAGCGUCACACAAGCUGUUUCUGCAGUUGCUGAGGAAUGUUGCUAGAUCCCCAACAGUCUUCUUUGAGGAGACACCCAUUGGAAACUUGCUGAACCGCUUCUCCAAAGAGAUGGAUGCCAUCGAUUCUAUCAUCCCUGACAAGCUGAAGUCUUUACUGGGAUUCUUGUUCAACUUGCUUGAGAUCUACCUUGUAAUUAUAGUGGCUACACCAAAGGCAGCAAUAGCCAUUGUGCCCUUGACUGCUUUUUACGCUGUAUUCCAGCAUUUCUAUGUCACCACCUCCUGCCAGCUGAGACGCCUGGAGGCUGCCAGCAGAUCACCAAUCUACUCCCACAUUUCAGAAACCUUCCAUGGGAGCAGUGUGAUCCGUGCUUACAAGGACCAGGAGAGGUUUAUUACGAAAAGCAACAGCCUCGUGGAUGAGAAUCUGAGAAUAUGCUUCCCUGGAGCAGUUGCUGACAGGUGGCUUGCAACAAACCUGGAGUUCCUAGGCAAUGGCGUCGUACUGUUUGCAGCACUUUUUGCAGCAAUUGGCAGAACACAUCUUAGCCCAGGAACUGCAGGCUUCUCCAUUUCAUAUGCUCUUCAGAUAACGGGCGUUCUGAACUGGAUGGUGCGCUCCUGGACAGAAAUUGAAAACAACAUUGUCUCUGUGGAGAGAGUGAGCGAAUACUCCAGGACUCCUAAAGAGGCACCCUGGACUCUAAACAACAAACUUCAAGGUCAAGUUUGGCUUACUGAAGGAAGAAUUGAAUUUAGAAACUACAGUUUACGAUACAGGCCAAAUCUGGAGUUAGCUCUGAAGCACAUCAAUCUAACCAUCAAUGGAAAAGAGAAGAUUGGCAUAACUGGAAGAACAGGAGCUGGGAAGUCUACUCUUGCUGCAGGAUUGCUGCGAUUAGUGGAAGCUGCAGAAGGAGCAAUCCUAAUUGAUGGACAAGAUAUUGCUCAACUAGGUCUCCAUGACCUUAGAAUGAAGAUAACUGUCAUCCCCCAGGAUCCAGUUUUGUUUUCUGGCACUUUAAGAAUGAAUCUUGACCCAUUAAACCAGUACACUGAUGCAGACAUCUGGACAGCUUUGGAACUGACUCAGCUCAAGAACUUUGUUGCAGAUUUGCCAGAGCAGUUGGAAUAUAAGUGCACUGACCAAGGGGAAAACCUAAGCACUGGUCAGAAGCAGCUGGUUUGUCUGGCCAGAGCACUUCUUCAGAAAGCCAAAGUCCUCAUUCUAGAUGAGGCCACAGCAGCAAUAGAUACAGAAACUGACCUUCAGAUUCAGUCUGCCCUGAGAACUCAAUUCAAAGAGAGCACAGUGUUAACAAUAGCUCACCGGAUAAACACCAUCAUGGACUGUGACCGGAUUCUAGUCUUGGAAAAUGGUCAGAUAGCUGAAUUUGAUACUCCGAAACAAUUAAUAGCUCAGAAGGGACUAUUCUACAAGCUAAUGGAAGAAUCAGGUCUUGUGUGACUGAGUCAUGGAGUACACCAUAAUGCCACCAUUAUCAUCCGUAAUUGAUCUGCUAAUUGAGUUAUCAUCUUGGUUUCAUUCUAAAAUGCCUGACAUUCAGCUACAUCUUGUUUGAGAUAUAACUGCAGCAGGUAGAUGAAAAAGGAAGACCUGAGAUGCACAUUAUUUCCUUAGGAAACAGCCAUUCUGUUUUCAUUGAUUCCAGAUACCAAAACCUCACUCUUAACUUGAAAAUGAGCGUCAGAAUCUUCAACUUCAACACCUUACUGCUUUAUGGUAUGAAAGCUAACCAAAGGACCACAGCAUUUCCCAUUUAUGCUAUAAGUUGAGCCCAAAUACAUUGACAUACUUAAGGAUUACACGGACUACUUUUAAAAGCCAAGAUUUCAUGCAGAAUAAGAUUUUAACUGGUAGGAAGCAAACAAUGUUUACAGCUUAUCCUAAGCUCCAGGCAGAACAAAUUUGAGCUUUUUUCCAGUUUUAAGGACUGAUCACCUCAGCACUAUUCUUACACACAUGUGAUGGACUACCAGGCAGCAGCUGGAUUGAACCAUCCAAAGUGCAAAAGCUCAAGAGAAUGGGGAAGAGAAAGUAGGAGGCCACUAAACAUGACAGCACACAGCUGCCACUGCACUGCCUGCUGUCACAACCGGCAAUCACAACCAUUCAUUCCAUCUCCCUCAUCUGCUUUGGAUGGAUCUGACUGACUCAUGCUGUCUGGAAGGCUGACAACUUGCCUGAAUGUGAGUCAGUCUUCCACACUGAAAGGAGUAACUGAGCUGCUGGAGGGCAGCAGAUCAUCAUUCAUUGUAUUUGAAGCCCCAGUCACAGUAAGUGCACCCAAACUCAGACACCAGUAUUUCCUAAUUGAAUUUAGUCACAAUGAAUUUGUGUUGCAGUGUCCUCCCUCUGAUCCCUGCAGUGUGACAGUCUGGCAGAUGAGCAAAGGUUCCUGUUUCACCUGGUUAAUUCCCAGCUCUCUCCUGGAGUGCAAGUUUACCUCCUGUGCGUACCACCCUGGCACUGCAUCUCUCAGGUGUUACUUUAACAAAGCAAAAUGGCUGCUUGAAGCAAAGCCUGCCUGGGCUUCCCACAGUGCCAAGGAGCUGCUGUCAGAGCUGCCUCCCCAAGUCUUUCCUCAGGGACUGCAACAGGACAAACAAAGUGAACAAAUGACACUGUGAAAUACUGCUGUUUACUAUGAGUUUCAUUAAAGUAUUUCAUUUGCUAUAAAGCUGCAAUAAAGAUAGAAGCAGGUAUUAAAAUGGCUCAAAUCACAAGUAAGGGUGGACAGUGAGAGCAGUCAAAUGCCUGCUGCCUUACUGGUAUUAAAAUGCUAUCCCAAAAAAAUGUUUGUUUUUCCUACUUUCUCCAAACCAGUAUUUGCCAUUAAAUAGGGUAUCAUAAGAGCAGAGACAAAAGUUGGGACUCAGGGGAGGGGGCAGGGAAGGAGUCCCCCUGUCUAUGGAAUCACAAACCAUCAGCUAUGGCAAACGAUUCCCUCUUCACCCAGAAGAGGCCUGGAGGCUGAGGACAGGAUGAACUUGGUCCAUUCCCCAGCAAUACGCUGCAGGGAAUUCCUGCUCUACAGCAGCUGGCUGAGGGCGCCCACCUCAUAUUUCACACAAACUGUUCAUUGCAACACACGCGCCCAGUGCAGUUCAUAACUCCUCCCCCUUAAGUCUUCACAGCAAAGGAAAAUAUGGAAAUACGUGCACCAACAUCAAGGCACUCAAAAGCAAGCAGAUAAAACAGGCGUUUCCUACAUGACUGCACUUAGCUGCUGGAAUUCAUCCAUGAAUUUUGUAGUGACCUUUUUACUCCCCAUUCUACACUAACUUCUAGAGCUCAUUGCCCUGGGCUGUAAUACCACUGACCACUGCUGGAUGGCACCAAACUCUUCUGUACUGGCUCCUAGAAAGGCUUCAUACUGGAUCAGUCACAAGUUGCCACGCUAGAUUUCACUUACCCAGGUCUUGAGAUAGUGCAGGUACUAGUAGAGCAUCAGGGGCAAACAAGCACAACAAUGGAAACAGAUUAACUAAGGAAAACACACCAUAUCUUACCUUGCAGCAACUCCUACCACUUUCUGCAAUUGCUCCCAACAGCAAUGCCUGCAGAGAUCAACCCACGGACCUCUCCUUCCUACCUGAAAGCACAUCUCUCUCAGCUGCAUUGCUCCUACCUUAAGGCACCUUGAAGACUAGACGACACUGCUCAUUCUGUGGAAAGAAAACUAUAUUUGUUACCUUUGCAUGCAGCAAAGAUUAAUUUCGACAGAUUCCCAUCAUGCAUAAUGCAAUGUCGUUCAAGUUGCAUUCAGAAAAGAUAUAAGUUUUUAUGAGGACAGAUGUGGAAUCAGGAUCAUGAAUCAAUAAAACAACAGCACAAAGCACUGAUGGGUGCUCUGACCAAGCAAAAGCGACUGUGCUUCAGAGCUGGGACAGAACGAUUUGUGCUUGCAAGUGUGUAAAUUAUAUGAAACUGGGAAAACAGUGACAAUUAUUAACAACCACUUAAGUGUAAAAGAAUGAGACAUACAAAGACCAGCGUUCUGGUCUUCUCCACAGCACCUCCUGUACUGAUCUGUCAUUACCACCCAUCUGCACAGCAAACUGCGCUACUCAAAGUUUCUUAGCCAUCCUAACAACCUCCAAGCAUCAUUUCUAACAAGCCUGGUUAGUCUGCAGUACCAAUAAUUCCUAUUUUCAAGGCAAAAAACAAACAAGCAAACAAAAAACCACCCACAAGCAGUUUAAGUGAAACCUUUGUCAAAAACAAGGCAAGGAAGGACACAUCCAGGACACGUUGUUAUCUUUCAAACAUUUUUUUUUUUUUUACUGCAAGUUCUUUGUAAAUAUUCAUAUAGUAAUUACAAAAAAAAACAAAGAAAUUUCAGUCUAUUCAAUUUCAGAGAGUCAUAAUAAUUUACAAAAAAAUAAAUAGCUUUACUCUAAAGAAGACAACAGCCUAGUAUUAAGGUCAACAUCAUUCACAGAUGUCCACAUUCUCAGAGUACUCAAUAUUUGGAUCCAUCUGGCUUAGUUUGCCUUUUUUUCCAGCAUUUUCCUCUAAAAUAAGACAAAUUAAAAAAUAACACAAAUUAAAACUUUUUUUCUUCCCACAAAAAACUGAACAUUCAACGAAGACUUCAAAAACCAGACUCCACUGCUAACUGAAUUGUUAGAGCUCUGACACGCAACUCGAAAAACAGAGAAACAGUUCUUUGCUUUGGGUUUUUUUUGGUGUUGGAUUUGUGUUGUUUGUUUUUUGGCUGGUUGUUGUUGAUUUUAACUAUGUCACAGAAUAGUCUCCUAGAAGAUUUAAGAGUCAACUGGAGCAGCAUGAAGGGCGUUUCUUCAAUGUAAGGCCAACGGGUCCUUGAUAUAGCAGAACUUCUACUGAAGCACAGAACUGCC